AUGUCGUCCAUAUCGCCUGUAGCCUCCUACUCGUCGGCGCAGCCUCCAGACCCAAACGGCGGUUACAAGUAUGAAGACCCGACAGCUUACCACAUCCCCACCGGCUAUCCCAACCAGUUCGAAAUCCCUCUCCCUCUCUCACGAUCAGACUCGGAAGCACAGAGAGACCUAUCAAAAGUCCAAUCUGCUGGCUCUUCGGAACCAAAGAUUCGUUUACGCAAGGCCUGUGACAGUUGUAGUGUGCGCAAAGUAAAGUGUGAUGAAACUGGCCCGCCAUGCAAGUCUUGCGCCGCCCUCGAAAUUCCAUGCACCUUUGAUCGCCCCAGUCGUCGCCGAGGCCCUCCAAACAAGCACGCCGAAGCCAUCAAGAGACAGAAGCUUGAAGGCGGUGUCUAUGAAGGAUCAAGGGGAUCCCCAACUCACGAUGCUGCCUAUAGUUUGGCUGCGCUUGCGGCCCCAGUCACCCUGUCCGCUGAGUCCAUCUGUGAUCUGCCAACACUGGGACUUCUUCUCGAUGACUAUUUCACCUACAUCCAUCCUUUGAUCCCGUUGCCUCACGAGCCCACCUUCCGCCGAUCAUUUGAGGCCCGUGAAGAUCGUACAAACCACAACUUCCUGUCCUUGAUUGCUGCCAUGGUGGAAUGUCUCGUGGCAUCGUUUCCACGCAGACCUCGGCAACUGUUCACCUCCGAAGCAGCCAAAGCACAGUUCCCCCACGCUGGCGCCUUGAUCGACCGGUGUCAUCAGGUCUUCAUCGAGGCCCGGGGAGUCGGCUACAUGGACAGACAGAUGAAUCUUUAUGACGGUGUUGCUAGUUACUUGGUCGCUCUAGCGGCUGGCUACGUAUUGGACACUUCACGCAUGCGGCUAUAUCUUGGAGAGUGUACCAUCAUUACACGGGAACUGGGCUUCCAUAGACCCGAGAUCUAUCGUCCUGCCGCCACCCCCGGUGGAACAUAUCAGCCCGUCGACCUACAACGACCUCCUCCCAUCGACCAUGUCUAUCAGGAGUCUGGGCGGCGACUGUUCUGGCUCCUCUUUGUGGGUGCGAUGUCGGCUCGACAGUUGGACGACGCAGAGGGCGAUCUAUUAAUACCUCCAGUUUCCCAUGCCGAAAUGCUUCCAACCCUUCCUUUGGAGGUGGACGAUGAAUACAUCACAGAAUCACAGGUUUAUCCACAACCGCGUGGUAUCGUAUCUGAACUGACGGGUUUCAAUCUCAACGUCAAGGUAUUCCGGGCAUUUCAUUUCUUGGCAGCUCUCGAAUUGGCAUUUGGAGCCAACACGGUCUAUGAUUGGGAUCGCCAACGCCAAUUCAUUCGUCGUGCACUCCAAAACGUCAAGGAUGCAACACGAGAUGCGCCGAAAGAGUUACAGUUGAAUCCGGCCAAUGGUUUCGGGGAAUGGCCUCCCACCCAAGCUGAUAUCUCGGCCUACUCGCAUUUGUUCAACGACCGAGAUGCUGGGGAUGUCGAACCCACUCCAACCCCCGUAAGCGCUCGAGGCUCAUUGUCCGCUGGUUCAUUUUCCAAGAGGUCCAUACAGUUUGAGAUCCAAAAGGCUAACAUCUACGGAACCCAACUUUCAUCACGAUCCUAUCUGGUGGAGAGAUUUUGGAAUCUAUACGAGAUCGUGGAUCGAGACAAGCUGACCUUCCCCACCGAUAAGUCCGGUGCGAGCUCCUCCCCCACGGCUGGGAUCAUGACGACAGGCAUGGAUCACAGUUAUAGACAAUUGACGGGCCGGACACCCAGUGACAGUCUGAUGGAUACCGGUGAGCAAAUGAUGGCUGUAGAGAGAGAAGACAUUGUUCGCGACAUGGCAUUGCUGUUGAAGAGCAUAAAUCAAGUCAAUAUGGAGCCAAAUGGCAUGAGCUUUUGCAACAAAAUCCGCACGGUGGCAUCUACCUUACUCGAAACCAAACGCGCUCGAAUGAGUGUCAUGCCGACUUUGGACUCGGAAAGCGUCAACAGUUACCUUCAUGCGUUCCUUGAUAUCCUCUCCAAGUUGGAGCGAUUGGGCCCUGGCCGAUUCCGUGGUGUCACCGAUGUGGCAACCGGCAGCCUUCUAAGGUCACCCGAAGAGACCGAGGAGGAAGAACUGGUAUAUUGGGCCAGCCUGAAGGAACACCAAGAGAGGUUCGUCCGGACAAACGGAGUCUGGUAG